AUGAAAUCAAGUGCUUCUUCUAUUCAGCAAGCGUUAACAAUAAGACGUAGAGAACUUGCAAUGACAGGUUUGCUGAACUGGAAAAACGUCGAAUUUACAGAUUUCAGACCACUUGGAACGCAAAAAUCUUUAAAAGUUUUAGAUCUUGAAAAUUCUGCUGUUACUUCACUCCAUACACUUCAACCACAACCACAAAUGACAGAAAUUAAUGCAGAUAACUCCAGACUUGCAACAUUUGCAGGUUUAUCAUCACAACCUCGCUUGUCGAAGAUAUCUUUUAAUAACACACCACUCGCUAAAACAGAAAAUUGUAGAUUAGCAGCUUUACUUUGUAUUGGACCAAGACUUUCAAGAAUUAAUGGAGUUCCUGUUUCUAAGAAGGAGUGUGCUUUAGCAGAAGCAUAUCCACCAGUUGCACAGUUUUUGAUUGAAAGUGGCUGGAUUGUUCAAUAUCCUCCACCAAGUAUUCACGAUUUUCAGUAUCUAGCAGACCAGUUUGGCAUUAAUGCAAAAGCGUCAGACUUCGUUACUAAGGGCGUAUUGCCUGAAGAAUCACCAAAACAACCAAGUUUUGAUUUUGAAAAUGAUUUUUCAUUUGAAGAAGUUUCUGUUAAGCAGAAACUUUCUAACUUGUUACGACCACUUGGUUUUGCUAUUCAAAGCGGUCCUGAUGAAAGAAAUGAUAUCGUUAGAGCCGUUUCUCUUAUGUGCGAUGCUAUGCUCGCAAUAGAGCAACAAGCAGAUAGAAUAUAA